AAGGUUUCCUCAGGUUCCGGCGGUGGCGCGACGGCGGGUUUGGGACCCGAACCAACCGAGAUCUUCCGAGGCUCGCGAGAGCGCCCCCUUCUCUAGCUACUUGGGGGACCCAGCGGCCGCGAUGGCUCCGGUGUCGGGUUCGCGCAGCCCUGAGGGGGAGGCCUCGGGCUCCGGGGGGAAGCGUCGCAGUUCGUCGAGAAGCCCUAAGCCCAGCAGAUCCGCCCGCUCCCCGCGGGGCCGUCGCUCGCGCUCGAGCUCUCGUUCGCACUCUUGCUCUCGGAAUGGUGUCAGCCAUCAGCCGGGCGGCUUCAGUCAGGGGUCCCGAAACCAGUCCUACCGAUCCCGUUCGCGGUCAUGCUCCCGGGAGCGGCCUUCUGCGCCGCGGGGCAACCCCUUCGCUUCAGCCUCCUCGACCGCCUAUUAUGGCGGCUACUCGCGCCCCUACGGGAGCGACAAGCCGUGGCCUAGCCUUCUGGACAAGGAGAGGGAGGAGAGCCUGCGGCAGAAGAGAUUAAGUGAGAGAGAGAGGAUUGGAGAAUUGGGAGCUCCUGAAGUAUGGGGACUUUCUCCAAAGAAUCCAGAACCAGACUCUGACGAACACACACCAGUAGAGGAUGAUGAGCCAAAGAAAAGCACCACUUCAGCUUCUACUUCAGAAGAAGAGAAGAAGAAGAAGAAGAGGAAGUCUAGUCGUUCGAAAGAAAGGUCCAAGAAAAAGAGAAAGAAAAAAUCCUCUAAAAGAAAACACAAGAAGUAUUCUGAUGACAGCGACAGUGACUCUGACUGUGACUCAGACUCCAGCGAUGAGGAUACAAAAAGAAGAGCAAAGAAAGCCAAGAAAAAGGAAAAGAAGAAGAAACAUAGAUCGAAGAAAUACAAGAAAAAGAAGUCUAAGAAGAGUAGAAAAGAUUCCAGUGAUUCAAGCUCUAAAGAUUCCCAGGAAGAGUUUCUGGAGAAUCCCUGGAAGGAUCGGUCAAAGCCUGAAGAACCCUCAGAUUUAAUUGGCCCAGAGGCUCCAAAAACACUUGCCUCUCAGGAUGAUAAACCUUUGAACUAUGGCCAUGCGCUGUUACCUGGUGAGGGUGCAGCUAUGGCUGAAUAUGUAAAAGCAGGGAAACGUAUCCCAAGAAGAGGUGAAAUUGGCUUGACAAGUGAAGAAAUCGCAUCAUUUGAAUGCUCGGGUUAUGUAAUGAGUGGUAGCAGGCAUCGCCGAAUGGAGGCCGUGCGACUGCGGAAAGAGAACCAGAUCUAUAGUGCUGAUGAGAAGAGAGCCCUGGCGUCCUUUAACCAAGAAGAGAGGCGAAAGAGAGAAAACAAGAUUCUGGCCAGUUUUCGAGAGAUGGUAUACAGAAAAACUAAAGGGAAAGAUGACAAAUAAGGAUUUUCUGAUUGUUCAGCAUUUUUAACAAAAAAAAGAAAGUCUGGGUUCCACAUAUACAUACAAAAAGAUUACCAUGAUCUGAAAAAGCUUUACAGUGCUACUGUGCCUUCUAUUUAAUUCUUUCAGUCCUUCAAUAGAAAGCUGCUUAUUGAUAUAAUUUUAGCAAGUUCUUUGGGUUAUUUUUGGAUUGACCAUAAUAACUCUCUGGUUUAAAAAUCCAAAUUACGAAUGAAAUCAUACUGUACUUGGGGAGGUGGCAUUGAGAGAAAGUGUCAGUAAGAUGAGAAACUUAACUCUCACACCAUGGGACAGUGCUACUAUUAGCUCUACAUGAUGCCCGUCCCCCACUCCCACCCCAACUGAACUUGUGGGAAAUCAUCAUUCCUCUAUGUUGAACGUGUUAUAAAUGGACUUGAUAGAAACAUACAGGAGGCCACUUUUGUUAACAGGGUGAAGGCAUUGCUGAAAACAAAUCUGGAAUUUGAAAAUCGACUUGUAUAAUAUAUAGUCUGCCUUGGAAAUCAUGUAUUUUGGUUUUAGUCCCUACCUCUACCCCAAAUCCAACAAACAAGCCAAAAACCAAACUAACCCACAGACUUAAUGAGUUGAAAAUGUGAACGCUAGUGUUUUAAGUUCUUAAAAGGUUCCUUAAAAAUGGUUCUUCAAAUAUAAAAUACUGGGAAGUGUACUGUUGUGCCAAUGUAAGUAGAUUAUUUCCAUCUAAGCUAUGCUUAGAUCGUUAUUUGAAUACUGGAAAUGAAUGGGCGUCAACUAUGGUUAGGAGUUUAAUAGGGAAAAAUAUAUUGAAGUGUUGGUUUUAAUUUAGUUUUAUAAGGAUGAAGUUAAAAUGAUAUUAAACGUAUUUUAAGUCUGUCCUUUAUGUAGUAAGCAUAUUUCAUUUUAAACAUUGUUAAACGUUUCAGUUUAUUUUUUAUAUCUGUCAUUCAGUUUAACUUUGUAUAGAACCCCUCACUUUAUCACCUUUUUAUGGCUACUGUUGACUUUUAAGUUUGAGAGAAAUGGAAGAUUCUGGGACUAGCAGUUCAUGAUCUUUUUUCUUCCCAUUAUUUUGUUCAGUUUGAGUUGUUAGGUCACAAGAGUGAAGAGAAAGGGGACAGUAGAAGUUUUGGCUGUUUUUGUUAAGGUUGUUUUGAGCUGUGUUAUUAUGUGUCUAGAAUAAAUCUAAAUUACCUGGGGGAUGGGGAAGUUCUAACUCUGUGGUCAUAUAAUGCUCUCUCUUAUAAUAGUUUAAAGUGUUUUUUUCCAAAGUUUUAAAAUAAGGCAGUCAUAUUUCAAAGUAUAGAUAAAAAGUUUUACUAUUUAACAUAUGUUCUAGGAAAGUGUCUACCUUUAACCCACAACUAAAGGAACUAAACCAUUUGGCGUGUAGCAACAUUUAUGACUCCUGAAGAUGAAGUGAUUUCUGUUUAUCAUCAUUGCUGCCUAACCUGAUCAAUAUCUUGUUUCCUAAAGGUAAAAGGAAGCUAGGUUCCAAAUUUAUGAGUUGUAAUCCAUCUACUUCCCUGUGUAAUAAAACCUAAAUUUAUAGUCCCUAUUUAAGAAUUCUCUUCUCUAAGAACAUUAUUUUUUGUUAUUGAUUCCUAGAGACUGAAUGAGUUUGCACUCUUAUUUUCAGUAGGCAGAUCAGUUUUUUUUUUUAUAUUUAAAAAAAAUCAAGAUUCUCCCUUUUUAAUGUGUGGAUCAAUCAUGUAAAUUAAAGAGGAAUUUAAGAAUAUUUUUUAAGAAAUAACAAUUUUAGGUAGGCAAUUAUAAGGAAGAUAACAAUCAUACAUGCCAAGGCUGCGUGAUUCUUCCACAGGCCCCAAGGGGAGAGAUCGAUGCCCUGGUUUAGCAAAAAUUCUUCGCCAGUACAUAUCGCAUAGCUACAGGUAUUAUUCGCUGUUACAUUGACUCCUGGGCAGAAGUUUUGUCCCAAAAAUUCAUUAUGCUGCAAAGCCACAUAGCCAUAUCGAGGAAUGCUGAGGUACUGAAGCCAGGAGAGCCAAGGCCCAACAGUUCUGAGAUUUACCAACAGCCCUGAAAAUAUCAUCAUAAACACAAAGGAGAUGGUCAUGAGAAGUGUUGCUAUGGAUACCACACUCUGGCCUGCUGCUAUGGCCAGUGCCAUAGAACUGGCCGAAUAAGCCACCAUCAUAAGGGUAAACAUCAUGAUGAAGAAGGCCUCCACAACUGGUUUCAAGCCUAACAAGAAGUAUAUUAUACAAGUAAAUAUAAUACUUGGUAACAUCCUCGUGGGUAAUAAAUCAGAUAACAGUUUUCCAAAGAAAUAAGAUGACACUCUGUAGUAUCCACUGAUAUAUUCAUGUAUAAAGAGCUUCUUUUCAACCACAAAGAGCUCCACAGCUGACACACUGCUGAAACACUGGUUGGUCAUCAGGAAGAAGAGCACUCCUGAUCUAUUCUGGAUUCCUGUAAGAUCAUUUUUAGAUCAUAGAAAAUAGCACCAAUAACCAAUCCCAGGAUGACUGUUACAAUUAUCUGAGCUAUAGAGGCCUGGGGAUUGCCCAGUAAGUUUUUGAAUGAACGCUUGGAAAUCCAUCUGAGUUGAUGACAGAAGGAGGUGGCAUAGCAUCUGAGUUGAUGACAGAAGGAGGUGGCAUAGGUGAUCUCCUUAAAGGUUGAGCUCUUCCUCUUAUGACCCUUUACGAGUCGAUCUAACUCAUCUUUCGUUUUUCUGCAAAAGUCAGAGUUGCCAUAAAACUCAGCUAUUUUUUCUAUGAGUGGAGAUCUUCUCUUGGAAGGCUCUUCAGUCUCCUUGACUUCACCGUCUUGGUCCUCUCUGUUUAAUAUCAUAGCAGAGGAGUCUCCAUUAAUGACAUCCAGGAAGAAGUUUGCGGGGUUAUUAUAAGGCUCACAAUGGUAACCCACUGAUGCAAAGUACCCCAAGGCCUCCUGGGCAGGCCCAUGGAACAUUAGUCUUCCCGAGGCCAACAAGGUGAGGCUAUCAAACAACUUGAAGAUAGAAUAACGAGGCUGAUGAAUGGAGAAGAUGAUUGUUCGUCCCUGUUCAGACAUCCUCUUCAGGAGCAAAAGAACAGCAUUUGCCGUGCUUGAGUCUAAGCCAGUUGUGGGCUCAUCCAGGAACAAGAUGGCUGGAUCGGUAAUAAGCUCCAUUCCAAUACUAGUCCUUUUUCUUUCUCCUCCAGACCCACCACGUAUAAAUUGAGUUCCAACCUUGGAAUCUGCCACUUUAUCCAGACCUAACUGCUGAAUGACCUUGUUAAUUUGCUCAUUUUUUUCAUGCCUUGUCAUAGUUGUCGGAAGCUGGAGAGCUGCUGAGAACUGUAAAUUUUCUCUCACUGUCAGAGUUCCCAUCACGACAUCAUCUUGUACCACAUAACCUGAAUUACAUUUGAAAUUGGCAGGUCGAGGUGCUCCAUUUAUCAAAACAUCUCCAGAUAAUCCAUUCGGAUCUUUCCUUGCAGCUAAGAUAUCUAACAACGAAGAUUUGCCGCCACCUGUGGGUCCCAGAAUGGCAUUGAGGUCAGGUCUCAUGAUGCCAUUGACAUUUGUCAGGAUUUCUUUCUCAACUGUUUUUCAACCAAGAAGAAAGCCACUCUUCACUUUUACUCGAUAGCAAAUGUUAUGAAAACUUAACACGGCUACUUCAGUAAAUGUCUUCGGGUUGUUGGAGGUCAUCCUGGAGAGGUCACUGGUGUUUCUUCGUGACAUUGGGAUAAAAACUUGAUCAUUAUUGGAAGACAUCUGGAGAGUUUUGGCCUUUUCAGCUUAACAAGAGAUUCAGUUCAACCGAGGUCUUCGAUCUCAGAGUCCGUGUGCUCAGGCAGAUCAGUUUUAAUGCAACAACUCUGUGAUAGAGGAUUAUUGUGGGUUUUUAUUGGAUUCUCCUGUGUCCUCCACAGAGUAGAUAGUCAGUAAAUGAAAGAAAACAUAUUAAUGUAUUUCAGAACUUUGUCAUUUCUUUCAUCAGGGUUUGUUCAGGAAAGAUCUGCCAAAGAACAGCUUCAGUAGCAUGUUUUUUGGGAAAGAGGAGGGUAGAAUAAAAGGGCUAAAAGUAUUUUGAGCUCAUGAGAGUUACUGCUUCAAACUGUGUUGAGUCAUCUGAGCCAUAAGUCCGAUAGGAGGGCUGUUGUAUUUGAAAUUCAUGUUUUGUUCUUCAGGAAGACUUACCUAGUUUUCCACUUCCUUGCCAGUUGUUCUGAUAAGAUUUUCCCUUCUUUUAUGUUUGUUACACAAAUGUAACAGUUAAAAAAAGAAGAAAGAAAAAUUAACCACAGUCUUAGCACAUCAUUUGUCUUUAGUAUUGUGUGUUCCCUUCCAGUGCUUGUCUGCAUAAAUAUGUAUUCUGAUGUACCUGUACGUAAUCACCCAUAAUGUAAUCUUGUCUUUGGUGGUUUAAACCUUUGCAGUCAGACAAGACAGCCUCACAGGGAUGGUGGGAACAAGUGAUGAUCUGGUGUGAGGAUGGAAAGACCAGAAAUAAGUAAGGGUGGCAAUUGCCUCCUGUUUUGAAGCCACCCUGCUGCCAUCACGGUUGUGAUGCCGUGUGGUAUGCAGCGUGCCCAGUUUCAGAGUAUCGGAGUGUAGUAUUAGUUAACAUUGAGGCUUAACUCACAGUAAGUGAAGGGGCCUGUGAGUAGGGAAAUCUUUAGACUGGUUAUAUUAUGAGCUGUAGAACUGUUGCCAUUUUUCUUUUCCUCAGUUAUGCCCAUUAAAGAGGUGUGUCUACUAGAGAAUUAGGCUCAGAUGGGGGAACAAGCAGCCAAGUAGCAUUCUCAGUCUGACAGGUGAAUUUUAGGAAAUCUCUAAACUUGGCUUCUGUACCUGUAAGACUCAAGUGAUGUAGACAGUGAUGGGAAAAACGACUUAGAAAUGGAAAACAACUUACUGGUUACUGUGCUAAUGUGAUGGAAAUUGCCAAAUGGAAAAUGAAUGAAUGCAAAAAAAAAAAAAAUACAGCUGGAUUGUUUGCCACAAGUUUAUUCAAUAAAUUUUCUGUGGUUUGA